AUGAGCAAGCCAGACUCAAACAUUAACUACGGAGACGCUAUAGAUUACUGGACAGCAGUGCCGGCCACUGUGGAUGGUGUACUUGGUGGCUAUGGUGAGGGCACCACAGUCCCUGUGAUGGACGUGCUGGGGUCAAACCAUUUCUUGAGGAAGCUCAAGUCUCGCAUGAUACCGGCGGAGAACUGCCGGAAGAUAGGCUGCGACAUUGGCGCGGGUAUCGGACGAGUAACACGCGACAUGCUGCACAAGCACUGUGAUGUCGUGGAUCUCGUAGAGCCUGUCGUGCCUUUCGUCAAGCAAAUGGACGUUGAGCUCGCUUCGCUUAAGGAGGCGGGCCGUAUAGGCCACAUCUUUGACAUUGGAAUGCAAGAGUGGACACCUGAAACUGGUAGGUACUGGCUAAUUUGGUGUCAAUGGUGUGUGGGCCAUUUGCCUGACGAGGAGCUCGUGGCCUUCUUCUUGCGUUGUAAAAAAGGCUUGCAACCCAACGGAACGAUUGUGGUGAAGGAAAACAACACGCAGGCUUUGGAAGAUGACUUUGACGAAGACGACUCAUCUGUGACGCGUUCGGACGACAAAUUCAAAGAACUUUUCCAGCGCGCGGGCCUCAAGCUCAUCGCAACCGAGAGACAAAAAGGUCUUCCAAAAGAGCUCUACCCAGUCCGCAUGUAUGCUUUGAAGCCGCAGGACUAA